AAAACUGUCAACGUUUUCAGUCAUUUUUAUGGACGAGAUUCUUCUAUGAUUUCAAUUUGCUUUCCAAUUCUAACUAAGCCGCAUACUUUAGCUCAUUUCAGGACAAUAAUUCUUUUUUAGAUUAAGUGUUCAUAUAGUUCAAACAAAAAUGUGUAGAUUCAGUGUGUUUCAUUUAUUAUUUUUGGCAACAGUGGUGCAAAUCGCUGUCGCACUGCGAGAGGGCGAAUGUGAGGUUUGUGUUAAGACUGUCGACAAAUUCGCUGCCACGUUAACAGAGGAUGUGAAGAAGGACCCUAAAAAGAUAGAGGUUGAAUUUAAGAAGUUCUGUAAGGGCUCUAAAAAUAAAGAGAAUAGGUUCUGCUAUUAUUUGGGAGGCUUGGAGGAAUCCGCCACCGGCAUUCUUGGUGAGCUAUCUAAACCUCUAAGUUGGUCGAUGCCAUCAGACAAAAUCUGUGAGAAACUAAGAAAAAAAGAUGCACAAAUCUGCGAUUUGAGGUUCGAUAAACAGAUAGACCUCAACAAUGUCGACCUAAAGAAAUUAAAAGUUCGUGAUUUGAAGAAGAUUCUCAACGACUGGGACGAGGUGUGUGACGGAUGUAUCGAGAAAACCGACUUUAUUAAGAGAAUAGAGGAGCUCAAACCCAAGUAUAUGGGAAGAUCUGACUUGUAAAAAUCCUAGUACAAUUGAAUACUUUUUAAUAGGUAAUGUGGGCCUAGCAUAUGGGCACAGCAUCACAGUGAUUGUGACAAUUUGAUCAACAAGAACAGAGGUCCUAGUGUUAACUAAUCUAUAAUAUUUGAACUGUAUGCAGUGUAUGUACUUGUGGCGAAUGAGUGUGUACAUGGAGA